AUUUCACAAUAUACGUAUCUAGUUACCGUUUAUAACGGUUAUGUGGUUCACUUUUUUACCAUUAUCUAUGGUGUCCUCAGACGAAAGAAAGUGAGACGUUUCAUAAUACAAAUAGAAAAUUGUAUUCGAACUAUGCAUCAAUUGAAUAUACCGAUGAAUUUGUCUAAGUAUUUUUUACAGCAAUGUUAUAUAAUGUUAUUCUUGGUUUUCAUCUUAAUAACUAUGAUAAUCGUCAAUUACGAUUGGUUAGUAUCACUCAAAGUUAACCAUUGGACAAUUUUUCUUUUCUUUUUCCUCAUAAAUUAUCCUGUCAUCAUAUGGUUAUUAACCGAUUUAACUUUCAUAUUUUGGAUGAGGCAAGUAAAAAGUUUGUUAUUUAUCAUAAAAAAGUUAAUAUUUAAGAAUUUCUAACGAUACUUAAAUCAAAAACAGGAAUAUACAGAUAAAAUUCAGUCAAUUGAACGAAAUGCUGAAAAACAUGCUUACAACUACCAUCGAUUCCCCACAACAUAAAAGAAUUCUUCGGAUAAGGAAUAACAGGAAGAACAAUUCUCCGUCAUCUGAUAUUCAUCGAACGGAUAAAUCGAACGAAGAUGUUAUCACUAUUAAAAAAUCCAAGGAGAUACAUUUGGAAUUAAUAAAGUGUGCUCGGAAGAUAAACGAUGCGUACGGUUUACAUAUUUUAUUAUCCAUAUUAAUAAAUAUUUUGGAUGUCUUACUUUGCGUUCAAGAUCAUCAUUGUAAGCCACGUAUGUGCAGGAACUGUCACAGAGUAUGUCAUAUUUCUUUACAUGCGACAAACAUUGGAGAUAUUCUUUGUGAAUUGUACGAACCAUCAACUAGCAAUGAAUUUUGUGCUGAGAUCCGUGACUUUACUCUACAACUUAUUCAAAAUCCACUGUCAUUUACAAUCUGUGGCUUUUUUGAUCUGGACUAUACAUUGAUACGUAAUGUGAUCGCUACCGUCACAACUUACCUCGUUAUUCUCAUUCAAAUUGGAAACGUGCCAAUAGAAUUUUUCUUUGAAAAUAUAGCGUUAUCUACUAAUAAUUCGGGAAAAAUUUAUGAUUAA